AUGUGGAAACCAUCUCCUAUGCACACAUACAAAUUAAACUGGGAUGCAGCUUUAGAUAGGAUUCAGUCCAGAAUUGGAAUUGGAGUUGUUGUCAGAGACUAUGAAGGUAGAAUUCUUGCAACUAUGAGGAAAAACAAGUGCCUGUUCCCAGAUCCUUUACUGGCUGAAGCUUAUGGGACAUUGCAAGCAACAACUUUUGGGUUGGAAUUGGGGUUAAGAAAGAUUAUACUUCAAGGGGACUCACUGCAGAUCACUCAAGCCUUGAAGAAGAAGGAUGCUAACUGGACUAGCGUAGGCAUGUUUGUGUCUGAAGCCAAGGAGAUUCGCAAGAAUUUUCUCAAAAGGGAUGUUCUUCAUGUUAGAAGAGAUGGGAAUGUCAUUGCACAUGUUUUGGCAAAAGAUGCCUUAGUCAUUUCUGAUGUAAUUGUUACUAUGGAGGAGUCUCCUCCAUUUAUUUCAGAUUUGAUUUAA